UAAUAAUAAAACAAUCAAAAAAAGAAAACAAGAGUCUCAUGCUAGAUUGAUGGCCAGAUCAUAAAAAUGGGUCUUCAGGCAGGUUUUAAUGGAGCUUCUCAAACCAGUAGCGGCAAAGAGUUCCACAGUUUAGAAGCAACAACCACAAAGGCUCUAUCCCCUCUGAGCCUUCACCUGGAACCAGAAGACGAGCAGCAGCGUUUUGGACGAGUUGUAGGCGCGAGACAGAUGGCUGGCAUUACAGUAAUCCAGCCAGGAAGUGAAGAAGCCAUAAAUCACUGUCUCAAAGUCCAGAGCAGCUGAAAAUUAUUUUGGCUUAGUGAGUUCACGAAGGUUAAAAAAGCUAGACUUCACUAGGGCUGGACGAUUAAUCGAAAUUUGAUCGUGAUUUCGAUUUUGCCUUGUCACGAUCAUUAAAACACUGUAAUCGAAGAAAAACGAUUACUGUUGUGCAUGUAAAUUCCUGCGCUGUUAAGGCGCCAUCAACACACCUCUGUCACGUGCAGCUGCAGCAAGCGUGCGAGAUGUGUUGAUUAAUUGAGCGAUUGACAACAUGGCAGAAAGCCAGCCAGAACCCUUAGCAGAAAAGAAAGGUAGGACAACUUCUGUCAUUUGGAGACAUUUUGGCUUCAAAUUGUCAGACGUGGAGCAGAAGGAGAUUACUUGCAAAAUUUGUCGCGCCGUCGUGUCUGCACCCCAAAGCAACACGACAAACUUAUUCAACCAUUUAAAGUUCAGCCAUAAAGUGGUCUACGAAAAAGUCCUGAAGGAACAAAAGACCCCACAAAGCGCGUCAACUUCAGCCACCAGAACACAGUCUUCCAUUGAGAACACGCUUUACAAUGCCACUCCAUAUCCCACCGGAUCCCGGCGACAUCAAGAGAUAACGGAGGCUGUGACAUUUAUGCUAGCUAAAGACAUGUGCCCCAUCAGUACAGUUAGCAACCCAGGCUUUAAGACACUGGUUAAGACUUUGGACAAGCGUUACGUGUUGCCAUCACGUAAACACUUCAGCAGAGUUGCAUUGCCUGCUUUGUACGAUAAAUGUCGCGCUGAAGUGGAAAAAGAUGUCUCCACUGCCGAGUAUUUUGCCACCACAACGGAUUUGUGGUCAAGCCGCUCUAUGGAGCCGUACAUUUCCCUCACCGUGCAUUACAUUGAUGCAGAUUUUGCCAUGAAGACAAAAUGUCUCCAGACAGCAUUUUUCCCUGAUGACCAUACAGGGAUUAAUAUUGCUGAUGGUUUGAAGCAAGCUAUGGCGGCAUGGAAUUUGGAGGAGGAUAAGCUUGUGUGCAUUACAACUGACAAUGCCUCAAACGUCAAGCUGGCAGCUGAACUCAAUGGAUGGAUAAGGCUGCAGUGCUUCGGGCACAGACUUCACUUGGCCAUAGAGAAUGCAAUGAAGGACAGCAGGAUUGAACGUGCGAUGGGGGUCUGUAAAAAAGUGGUCAGCACCUUCUCCUACAGCUGGAAAAAAAAGAAGGAGCUAAUACAGGCCCAGAGGGAACUGAAGCUGCCUGAGCACUCCUUGAAGACAGAGUGUCCCACCAGAUGGGGAUCCCGACAAGCCAUGAUCAACAGGGUCCUUGAGCAGCAGAAGGCAAUCGCCCAGGUCCUCUCCAGUGACCGCAAAACCAGACAUCUGACCCCAAGAUGGCAGGACAUUGAGGUACUAGAGGCUGUCAACAACUCACUAAGCCCUCUAGUUGAGUUUACGGAUGCGCUCUCUGGGGAACAGUAUGUGAGUGUAUCACUUGUAAAGCCAACUCUCCACCUCUUCCACACAUCCAUACUAGCAGUCAAAGAGAAUGACACAGACCUCUCCAAGUGCAUUAAGCAGAAGAUCAUGGGUUACCUCAAAGAGAAAUAUGAUGACUCGAAAACACAAGAGCUCCUCGACAUGGCGUCUGCAGUGGACCCAAGGUUUAAGCUGAAAUAUGUGGCUGAAGAGAGUCGUGAAGCAAUUGAAGCCAGACUGACAUCUGAAAUGAAGACUGUCAUGGAGAGGACCCCUACUGAGCCAAUGAUGACACCAGCUGCUGACACUGAUGCUGCAACCGGGGGAGCACAGAAGAAGAAGAGGGGCUUGGGCAGCUUCUUCAAAACCACAGAAGACACGGUUCCAGGACCAUCUCCUCAUCAACCAGACCAGGCCAUAGUUUUGGAGCUUCAGGCCUACCUCCAGGCAAGGCCCCUUGAUGCUGAGGCUGACCCACUUGAGUGGUGGAAAUCAUCACAGCCAUACUACCCACGGCUCUCCAAACUGGCUAGGAAAUACCUGUGCAUCCCUGCCACAAGUGCUGCAUCAGAACGGGUUUUUAGCACAGGUGGAAAUGUUGUCACCUGCCUACGUUCAUCACUGAAGCCAGACCAAGUGAACAGACUGGUGUUCCUAGCCAAAAACCUCAGUUUGUAGUAAGUGAACCACAGGGAGUAUAGACUGGGUAUUCAUUUUUUUAUUGCUAAUAUUCUUUUAAUAUUAUUUUACUCCUUGUUUUAAUUUAUAGCCGGAUGUUUGUUCCAAAAGUUAUUGAGGUGGAUUUCUUUUUGGUGGUUCAAUAAACACUUUUUUAAAAUCAGUGAAUAAUUGUGUAUAAUAAUCGUGAUUUCAAUAUCUAUCAAAAUAAUCGUGAUUAUUAUUUUUUCUAUAA